AUGAAGUGCCUUCCCACCGGAUUCGUCCUAAAAAGUGCCUUAUUCCCCUUAUUGCUCACCUUUCCAUUGAUCUAUGGAACGCCGUCCGGGUAUAACAUGUUCCAGGGAAGCGCAUACUCUGGCUCAGAACAACGACAGAGGAAUAAGUGAGUCAAGUUUUCAUAGUUCUUUGUACUGUAUGUAUAAUCGUAAACAUUUGUUUAUAGUUUUGACUGAUCAUUUAUGGUUAUAUUAUUGGAGACUCCAAUAGUCUAAAUUGUCUGGAGUAUGACUUUCUUCUUACUGUAGGCAUAUGCUGAAAUAGAUUGUGAUUUAUUUUUCAUUGAAAUUAUAACCAAAAAAAUCACAUCCUUAUGGGUUUACACGUUAUUUUGUUUUUUGAAAAUAGGCCAAUGGCAAAAAAAAAUCAUGUAAAAUGUAACUGAAAUUUUAAUAGAAUAAUGAAAUCAACACAUUUAUGGUAGGCCUAUAUGAUUAUUCGACUUGAAAGACUUCACCAUUUCUCUUUCAUAGGCUGAAUUUUUUUCGUACAUUUGUCAUUUUGUGUGACCCAAUAAUUCAAUUUUCAGAAACUGGUGUGCAUACGUUGUGCACAAGAACGUGAGUUAUGCGGUCGUGGGUGGCACGGAGAGCUUUGUGCAGCCGGAGUCUGCGCGGUGCCGGAUGCAUCAGCCCAACUGCGCGCAACAAGUGAUGUAAGUGGCCCAAGAGGCUCGCUCGAGAGGGUGGAGUGCUGCUAUUUUAAUUGGGCUUGAGAGCGGUGUUACAGCAGUGACUCAACAUUAUUAAAGAAAGUUGACUUUGAACACUUGAUUACUUUGAAUGUUAAGAAUAUUUCCACGUAUCAACCAAUAGUGUUGAGGAUCCAUGGUCCUGUCCUCUGCCUAGUAUUUAAAACACCAUUACAUGAUUGCAUUGUUUAUUGGCAUUCCGAAUAAACUUGUGUAAAGUUCUUUACAAUCUCAGCAAAGAAAAUAACUGAUCAGCUGUUAAUGUAUGCUACUGUAUUCAUGAUUUCCAUCAGCUAUUUUAUCACUACUCAACGGCAGCAGAGGGUAUGUCUCAGUGAUCUUUGCACACACCCACUGUUAGGUCAGUUGGGUCACACUCACUGAGUAGGUGUAGUUACCCUCUGGGCAUACCUGUCCCAUUAUCUUCUGUAAUCUGCAUUCACCCUUUCAGAUCCUCAGAUUAUUCCAUAUUUAUGACAGAUCAUCUGAGAGUGAUUAGAUGGUUAUGACGAACCAGUGAAUUUUAUUGAUUGAUCCGUUAUGGUCUAUUUGUCACUGUCUGCGACAAGAAACAUGUCCAUGAGCCAUUGAGCCUUAUGGAAGAUAAGGGGAAUAAAGGAUUGUGCAGUUAGAAGAAUAGACUCUUUAUUUGGCUUAACUGUAAAUAAGCAUCUGCUUUGUAUUGGCACACAUGGCACUGUUACGCACAAAGUCCCUCUGUGCAACAUCAGUCAGAGGCAUCUGACACAUUUCUCCCUGGGUUGGCUGCUUUCAUGUGUUAUUAUUGAGCAUCAUGUUGGGCAACAUGUCCUGGGGCCAGUGACGAAGCAAGGCUCCACAACUGACAGGGUGAAAAUAGUGGAAAAUAUUAAGCAGCGUUAAAAGAAGUGCAUGAAGAAUUAGGAGUGUGACUGGCUAGCUAGCACAUCUGGAGUUUGUUGUCAUAAACAGAUCUUUAUUGCUGGGAUUCCAAGGCCUGUACUGCUCUCCUGAGAGGGGCCACUGCUCAAGCGUAGUUGUAACUUGGCAAAGCAUUGCUCACAUUACUCACAUUUCACGAACAGUCCAUUGAAACAUUGAAAGCAGAAGCUCAGUGGAGAAUAACAUUGAGGGGGUUUUAUGUUGUGAGCAUAAUUACUUGAGUAUGUCUUGUUGUGAGUCUUUCCUAUGAGCUGUGUUCCCAAUGGUUUUAUGGUUUGAUUGAUUAAAUCUGUUUUGAAAUAUGAAUAUCAUUAUCAUUCACUCAUUUGUGAGAACUGACAGUCAAGUUUAAAGUCAAAACAAUCUCCCCAUUGUAGAAAAUGUGAAUGCACCUUUUAGUCAUCUCUUUCUUUGCCAUAUUACCUUUUCUUUUUUCCAGGUAUCGGACCCAAUUCCGCCCCAUGUAUAAGGUUGGCUAUAAGCUGGUGACAGAGCUGGAGUGGAGGUGCUGUCCAGGGUACCAGGGUCAUGACUGCAAAGACCUGAAAGGUAUCCCGUCCCGUCAGACAGUCCUGGGGCCUCGGCCCAACCUGCUGCCUGCCCCCGGACACAUCCCAGAGACACAGGGUAGGAGAGCUGCUUAAACCUACCUCACCUUUUAGAGACACAUACCUGACCCACAACCCAUACAUGACUAGUAUGCUAGCAUAUGAUUAGUUUAGGAAUGUUUUUCACUACUCUACUACUGUAGUAAUGUGAAGCAUAGAUUAAACCCACAAUAAUAAAUGUAGGUUUCCUAGGAGAAAAGAGGACUUAUCCUAACCAUCUGAUUUCCCUCUGUAGGUCCGGGGCAGCAGGCGUGGGGUCAGAGUGGCCACCCCUGGGGGGCAGAGGGGCAGCCAGGAGGUCAGGCAGGCCAGGGGGGGGCGAGGGGCCAGGUGGCGAGCCAGGGAGAGAGUCAAACGACACAGCAGCUGGAGGAGGAGGUGCAGCGUCUGUCCCAGCAGGUCCUGGACAUGCAGGCAGCCAUGACCACCCUGUCUGCCAACCUGAGGGUGGACCUGCAGGAGGACGCCAGCAAGAUGCUGGUCACGCUGCUCAACAACCUGCGGCAGCCGGAAAGCGUGCGUGGCGAGCAGCAGAGCAUGCUUCUGCAGGGCCUCUCCCUGGAAAAGGAGUACAACACGGUGGACAUGGACGAGUUCACAAACAAGAUCAACAACCUCACCGACACCCUCAACACCAAGAGCAACGCCCUGGAUGACCUCCAGGCCAGGGUCAACCACCAUGACGGACAGCUACGCCUGCUAAUGGAGGCCACCCAGGCCCCUCUGGCCACCCAGGCCCCUCCAGCUCCGCCGGCCAAUGACGCGGCCCUGUGCGCCUACGUGGAUGCAAAGUUCCACGCCCUGAGGGACGAGAUGAUGGAGGGCAUGGAGAUCAAGAUGUCGGACCUGAAGAACUCGUGUGACUAUAAGAUGCUGUCAGUGCAGGAGCAGUCUGAGUUCCAGGAGAACAGCUACCUCAGCCUGACCGAGCUCCUCGAGUCCAAGGAGAUGGACCUCCGCAAGGAGAUCCAGGACCUCAAGAACCAGCUGCCUGGUCUGCUUAGGAGAGACGGAACCCCACCAGGGGUGCAGGAGCUGCGGAAGGAGCUGUUCCGGGUCUCUGAAGCCCAGCUGAGCCUCCAGUCCAGCCUAGAGAAGAAGCCUGAGCCUGAUCCACUCCUGCCCCGUGUGGAAGAGCUGGAGGCCCAUCUAAACAUGACGGAGAGGAGCGUGGUGGUGCACAGCCUCUUCCUAGAGGAGAAGCUGAGGAGAGAGGGGGCAGAGGGGGCUGCAAACCUGAAGAAGGCCAUUGAGGACAGGAUGAGCUCCAUGGAGUACCGGGUCACCAGUCUACUGGUGGAGAUAAGCAGCCCCCUAUCUGGGGCUCAGGCUGGGCUGGUGGCACUGCAGGGUGAGGUGACCUCUCACAAGACCAGCGUUCAGGCUCUGGAGGACAGAUUCAAUGCCCUUGACCAGCUGUGCUCUACAGAGUGCAAGUCUGACCAACUGGCCAUAGAGCGCAUUCAAGAUAACCUCCAGGUCUACAGAACCAGCCUAGACACCAUGCAGUCUAGCAUGAAAGGCCACUCAGCUAGUCUUGGAGACAUGGAGGAGUUUGUCCAAGGGCAGCUCCUGAACCAUACCGCCAGUCUUACAGAUAUGCAGGAAGAGCUAUGGGCUCUGAAAGGACAUAUGGGGGGACAUGAGGGCUUUCUGUCGGCCCUGGGGCUCUCUCUCAGCCAGCAGUCCCUGGAGCUCAAAGGGCAGCUUCUGAACCACAGUGCCAGUCUUGCAGGUGUGGAGGAAGCGCUAGGAGCUCUCAGUGGGCGUAUGGAAGUGCAGGAGGGCUCUCUGUCAGACUUGGGUGUCUCUCACAGUGCUAAUCUUAAAGAUGUGCAGGGGGAGCUGGGAGCUCUCAGCGAGCGUGUUGGAGGACAGGAGGGCUCUCUAUCGGCCAUGGGUGUCUCUCUCAGCCGGCAGUCCCUGGAGCUCCAGCAACUGAACACCUGUUGCCAGAGCAGCGUGGGGCCGGCCCAGGAUGCCAGGGACCUGUUGGAGCUCCACCUGGCCCAGAGAGAGGAGCUGAGGGCUCGGCUGGAGGAACUGGGACGGGAGGUGAGGGCCGAGGCAGACCACUGCAGGAACAGGACCGAGGGUGUAGCCCUGGACGUUACCACCGUAGAUGGCCGGGUUGCCAGCUUGGAGAACAUAUGCGGCAGGCUGGAAGCCGUCUCCAGCAGCCUGCACAGGAUCAAGGAGGGGCUGAACAAGCACAUGACCGGCCUGUGGAACAGCGUCAGCGAGAUCAACGGCACCCUGCAAGCCCACGCCAAGGACAUUGGAGGACUGAAGGGAACAUACCAGAACCUCCAG